UCAUCCUAUGCAUUAGUCGUUUUCCAACCGACCAAGAAGAAAACAUCAAGAUGAAGUGGUUAGCCCUAUGUAUCCUAGCCGUCAUUUUGGUCGCAACCGAGAGCAAGGUUGUACCAGCCAGCGAUGUCGAAAACCAGCAAACCGGCACUCCAUCUCAAGAAUCAACCUUAGCUGAUCAUUUUACGGAAGCCAAGAAUGUCAUUUCUAACUUGGGUACCGAGCUCCAGAAACAUAUACAAGAAAACUUGCCCAACCAAAGCGAGUUUAUGAAUACCUUACAAGAGCACACCAACAAUUUCGCUAAUAAUCUCCAUACUUACCUACAGAACAUGACCACAGAGAUCAAGACCAAAAGCCCGGAAUUGGAAAAUAUUUGGUCGAAUCUGCAGACCAAACUGUCUCAAAUGGCCGACAGACUAACAAUAAAUGAUCCCCAGACUACGGAACAAGUUAAUCAGUUGCGUACCAAGUUCCAGGAGGGUGUCCAAACCCUUGUAACAGAGUCCGAGAAUACCGCUAAGGCUAUCAGCGAGAACUCCGCAAAAGUGCAAGAGGGUAUCGCCAAGUUUACCAAAGAAGCGAUAAACCUUGCCGUACAGGCUUCUCAGAACUUGAACAAUCAAUUACAGCAAGCCACGACGCCACAACCAUAAAAUGAAACAGAUCACACAAUGAAUUACUCGUGCACUAACAUCUUGAAUGUAAACACAUGCGGAAAAAUUGAGUUUAUACUCAAGCAAAAUUUCACAUUAUAUCAUAAAUAAUUAACAAAUGAUUAUUAAUAAAAGCACUUGAACUCA